AUGUGUAACAAAAAGUAUAAUAUAAAGAAUAGUAACUCUUUAUUUGUAAUAUGGGGCCUUACAAUGCAUUUAAUUAUAUUAUGGGGCAUACUUGAUGUAAAUUUUCACUCUCCGAUUACACAAGGAUUGCCAAAUGUUCCAAUUUUGAAAAAUGCACCUGCAAAGCGAUUAGUUUUAUUUAUUGCAGAUGGUUUAAGGUUUAGAACCUUUAUUGAGGAACCACCAAAAUUUCUUAAGCAAGUAAUGGUAAAUAAAGGUGCUUGGGGCAUAUCUCAUACACGAAUGCCAACAGAGUCUAGACCAGGUGUUGUUGCAAUUUGUGCAGGGUUAUAUGAAGAUCCUAGCGCAAUUUUUAAAGGAUGGAAAGAAAAUCCUGUUGACUUUGAUUCUGUUUUUAAUCAAAGUCAUUUUACAUGGGCAUGGGGAAGUCCUGACAUUAUACCUAUGUUUACAAAAGGUAAAAAGAAUAAUAUACAUGGAGAUAGUUAUUCUCCAGAAUGGCAAGAUUUCGAUAUAAUGCAGGGGCAAAUUUGGCGAUUAGAUUCAUGGGUAUUUGACAAAUAUAUUAAUUGGCUUCACGAAGAAGCUCACAAAGUUAAGAACACAGAACGCAUUAUUCUUUUCCUUCACCUUCUUGGCUGUGAUACUAUAGGACAUGCAUCAAAACCUUAUUCUAGAGAAUAUGUUGAAAACAUGAAUUAUGUUGAUCGAAAAAUAGAAGAAGUGGUACAAAUGACAGAGAAUACUUUUCAAGAUAAUGGAACCACAUACAUUUUCACAGCAGAUCAUGGAAUGACUGAUUGGGGAUCACAUGGAAGUGGUUCUACAGAUGAAACAGAAACUCCAUUGAUUGCUUGGGGUGCAGGGAUCAAUGCAUUUAAUUCCUAUCAAAAUGUGGAACAAGUAGAUAUUACCCCAUUAAUAUCAUCUCUAAUUGGUGCUCCAAUACCCAUUAAUAAUGAAGGUGUUUUACCAUGGCAGUACAUAAACCCUAGUAAUCUAAACUAUAUAAAUCGCGCUUUGUUGAAUAAUUUAAAACAGUUAACAUAUCAAGUAAAAGCAAAUCGUAUGUUGAACUGUAAGGAUAAUGAGUUUGCUGAUUGGAGGGAGGUAGAAUUAGAAAAUAAAAUUUUUUCGAUCGAUAGAUAUCUUGAAAUAAGAGAUUCAAACGAGACAUUAACAGAUUUAGUAGAUACAAUUAAAUUAGCCAAAAACGCUUUAUUAUAUUUCCGACAAUACCAAAGAAUACGAUUCUUAGUAUAUUUAUCAAUAAUGUGGUUUGGGUGGAUAACAUUACUAUUUUUUAAAAUAGCAGGAGCCAAAAAAUCUGUUAUUAAUUCAAUUACUUUAUUAAUAACAGAUAUUGUAUUUGCAGUAUUACUAUUUAUAAUACUUAUUACACAUAAAGUUUCAGGUUGUGUUAAUUGGAGACUACCUUGGUAUGCAUUUCUAGCUCUAAUUUCUGUCUGGUUAGCUGUUCGAAAUGCAAUGACACAUUCUAUAAAAAUUGAAGUACAUAAUCAUAAACGUUAUUGGUCGAUGGGUAUAGAAAUUAUACUUUUAUUAGCAACGAUGUUCGUUGGAUUAACGUAUAGGUCUAUUCUUAGUGUAGGAAUUUUAUGUAUUGGUUUUUCUCACAAAAUUUUGGUAAAAAACCAGCAGAAGUUGUUCCUUUGGACGGCUUUGUGCCUAGCUAUUUUUCCAGUGCUACCUGUUGUUGAACCAUACCCUCGAGUUUAUAUCGUACUUCUUAGCAUAUGCAUUGCAGCUGCAAUAAUUGUUGUAAAGAUCAAGUCAAAGCAUAAGAAAACAAUAGAACUUUUACGACUAACAAUUACUGGGCUAAUAUAUUUAGAAUUUAUAGAUGGUCGAAAUUGGAUAUCAUGGGCAAUUUUAUUGACUACUCCAUUAUGUAUUUGUACUUAUCCUACACAAUUAAUAGAAAGAAUACAAGGGGUAAUGUUGGGACUCAUUUGCCCACUUAUUUUAUUAUCAGCAUCUUAUGAACCCCUCUUUUUCAUAAUUUUUACAUUGCAUUUAUCUUGUUGGUCAUCCGAUUCGUCUUCCAUUGGAAAUGACCAAAGUAUUAAAAGUCUUCUGACUAUAGAAGAAUUACUUAAAGCAGCAAUUUUUAUGUUAUAUACAUUACUGUGUUUUUUUGGAACUGGAAAUAUGGCAAGUAUCAGUUCAUUUGAUCCUUCCUGGACAAGACAUUUUGUGACGGUUUUUUCACCAUUUAUAAUGUUUUCAUUAAUACUGAUGAAAAUUUGUAUACCUUUGAUUAUGGUGGGAUGCACAAGUUACACGUUUGGAUCUUCAAAUAGUUUCUUAGCGGUAGUGUUACUAGGGGACUGUUUAGCGUUACCACUUAUGUAUUGCGUUACUCCUCAAGGAAGUUGGUUAGACAUUGGUAGCGCAAUAAGUAGAUUCACAAUUACUAUUUCUCUUCCAUGUCUUUUAUUGUUGUUAUAUUGUUUAUCUUACCCUCUUAUAACUGUUCAUCCAAAUAAAUUCAAAUUUUAUACUAGUUUACAAAAAAAACAUAUUGUAUGAACAAUGUGUAUCUUUCUUGAUAUGAUAAAGUUUAUAUACACUUGUCAUCGUUAUAAAAAAUUAAUAUGUUUACAGUAUGAUGAAUUUAAAGAUUCA